UUACUGCCCCGGUAUUCUUAUUCGACUCGCGCUUUUGGUGACUUUUCGUUCACGAGCCUGACGCCACAUCCUUUUCUCGAGUGGAGACAGCCCCGCGGGACCAUUUGCGAGAGGACUAAUACACGGCCCGAAGUCACGCAGUGGUCGGCCAUGAACAACGACAUCAAGAUGGAGAAGACAGCCGCGACCACACCGGCCGACAUGCUGUCGCUCAAUGGCAAGACAGGACUGCGCAAGCGCGACCUGGAUCUCAUCGACGCCAUGGACCUUAUCAAGCAGACCGAGUACGUGUCGCUCAGCAAGUCAGAACUGCUGGACCAUGAGAUCAUCACGUCCCACAGCACAACUGUGCAAGAGCAGCAGGCAGUGCAAAAGGAGGCCGAAAAACCCGUACAGCCAUCUUUCAAGACUGAGGUGGUCUGGCGGAAUGUGGCCGUGUUCGCCCUGCUGCACUCCAUGGCCCUCUACGGCUUCUAUCUGACCUUCACGAGCAAGGUCAAGUGGCAGACAGCCAUUUUCGCUUUCGUGUGGGGAACCUGCGCCGGCCUGGGUGUCACGGCGGGAGCCCAUAGGCUCUGGUCUCACCGUUCUUACAAGGCGCGUUUCCCGCUGCGGGUGGUGCUUAUGAUCUUCAACUGCAUGGCUUGCCAGAACGACCUGUACGAGUGGACGCGUGACCACCGGGUGCACCACAAGUUCUCGGAGAGCGAUGCCGACCCACACAACGUGAACCGGGGUUUCUUCUUCGCGCACGUGGGCUGGCUCAUGUGCAAGAAGCACCCGGACGUGAUGCGCAAGGGCAAGGCCGUGGACUGUUCGGACCUGCUCAAGGACCCCGUCAUCAGGUUCCAAAAGGCCUACUACGUUCCGCUGACUACCUUCUUCUGCUUCUACCUGUCGACCGUGCUGCCGCACCACCUGUUCGGCGAGACUUACUGGGUGGGCUUCUUCGUUGCCACCAUGCUGCGCUACGUGAUCUCGCUAAACUUCACCUGGCUGGUGAACAGCGCGGCCCACCUCUGGGGCAACCGACCCUACGACAAGAACAUUUCGCCAGCCGAGAACCGCUUCGUCUCGUGGGCCGCCAUUGGCGAAGGCUUCCACAACUACCACCACACGUUCCCCUGGGACUACUCGACCAGCGAGCUGGGAUGGAAGCUCAACUUCACCACGUUCUUCAUCGACACCAUGGCCAAGCUCGGGCUCGCCUACGACCUCAAGACGGUGCCCAAGGAUGUGGUCGAGAAGAGGAAAGCCCGGACGGGCGAUCACAGCUACGACUACAUGAAUGGGCACAAGCACCACCACUGACAACGAGCAGAUGCGUGCUUGGUCGGCCGGCCGAGCCCGCGUGAAGACGUUUGCGCGGUCGCCGCGUUGAUACGCGGGUUGCCAUGAUAUACUGUUCUCGCAUUGCGGUUGCUGCCUUUUUGUUUCUUUUUUUUUCCCCGCCUGGUACUGCAACCCUGUUCGUCGACACAGAGCAUCAUUGGCAGCGACAAGACCUAUGCCUACUGGAGUGCCUACACUCACUCGUGAAGAAGAACGUGCUGCACCGCUUAUGAUAAUUUUUUUUUUUGCAUUUAUUUCCGUCGUUUUUAUUUCUUAGAGUAUAGCGAUGAACAGUGAUGGCUAGCCGCAUGCUGUCUUCUAUGCAUGAAUCAGAUGUGCUGUGAUGAAGUGGUCGGUGUCUAUUAAAUCGGCCUGAACUGGAGUCAGAGUGGCACUUGUAGUAUCAUGUCCACAAGACGGUAGCAUUGAAAGGUUUCUGGGAGGAGCGAGCUAUUUAUACAAAAGAAAGGACGGGCGGACGCAAUUUCUGAAAGUCAAAGGGGGGAAAACAAGAUCGAAACCAGUGACGCUUCUGCCUUCUGAACUGAUAACAAGUGAGAACAGCAUUAAGAGAAAGGGUUGCGUAGGUAUCCCUUCUGUGAUGGAACGGUUAUCUUGCAGGAUCGAAAAUAUCCAACAUUGAUACCUUUAGAACGCUUCGAGCACCGUGCAAUACGUUUGGGAAGCACUACACCGUGAUAUCUCAGCAUAGAAGACAGCGCGCUCAGUCAAAUUAUUUUUUACUGGUCUGUGCAUUUGUGUGCGUGCUUUUAACGUCGAAUAGUGCUUGUGCCGAUCACGAAGGGUAUGCAACUGUCCAUUCUUGCUCAAAACUUCACUGACAAGUGAAGGGGCGUUAUCGGUGUCUUCACUCUCACCCUUCUUAAGGUAAAACGACACGCACACGCACACACACAUACAUACAUGCACACACACGCACAGAUAUCUUUAGAUAUAUACAUAUAUAUAUAUAUAUAUAUAUAUAUGUAACCGAACGCCACACACCGUAUUACGCCCUUGUUUACGAAUGCUACACGCAUUCGCGAUGCAGCGCUUCGUACAUUCGAGGUACAUAUUCCUUUAGAUAUAAACUCCACGAGCUACGCUUUUUCGUUUUGUCUUUUGGCGCAUUACUCCGCUCAUUCCUGUCGCCGAGCUGACCACAUAACGUGUAACGUGACGUAUGUCUGCUUUUCCUCUAGUAAUGUAGGAAGGCAAACAAGGAAAUCGAACGGGUAAAUAAUGCGUCGGCAACUGUUAAACCCCUCCCAAAUUUUAAGGCAAGUGUCCUCUGGCUGCAGAAUUAGAACGAUGGCGCUUAGACUAGCGCUUCUAACAUGCAUUCCGCGCUCUCUCAUUAUUCCUGUUUUUUACGCUUUGUUGUUUGCAAUGUUAGCAGCUCUCGUUAUGUUCUCCUUUAUUCUUCCGCUCGCCCAGCCUGGCGCUUGUUAUUUUCAGCGUCUCUCUCUUAUUGUUUAGCAAUGUUCUCUGGAAACGUGCGCAGCACUAUCGCGUGUUGUAAAUACAGUUGAUGCGUGAUUUACUGAACCAAGAUCAUAUGUUUGUACAUACAGAAAGUGUGUAAGAGCGGAGAAAUAGUUUGAAUUUUUGACUGUGCCUUGACGGGCUUGAAUGUGCAAAGCUUGACAGGGCGCUGAGCUGCUCACGUAAAGCCGAAGUCUGAAUAAAGAGAUAACAUUCA